AUGGUCUCCGUCGCCACUGUCUCUCAACCCUCGGCGCUCACGGCCACCCCCUACUUUCAUCAAUCAAAGAUGAUACCGUCCUCGUCUCCCGUAUCUAUCCUCAAGACCUCCAAGCCCACCGGCACGAAACGCAAAAUGGCGGACGUCGACUUCAGCCUCUCCCCCGUUUCCUCCGUGUCGGAUACCUUCGAGGACGCCCCUCCCUCGAAGAAACGCGCCCGCGUCACCUUCGACGAGAACAUCCAGACCCAUUCCUGGAACCAAAAUGAUCCGGCAAGCAAAUCAGGAAUCAGCUUAGCGAUGGUUCGGGAGGAGGUCCGCCGAGCCAUCCACCGUCAUGUCUCAUCGGGAGAAAGCGAAACCUACGACCAAAUCAAGGAGAUCUUCACUGCCGACCCGAAGAAGGCCGGUGACAGCCUCUACUCAUACGAUAUCCCGACACAUACAUCCUUGAAACACCAUCUGAUGGGUCUUCUCUCUCACAUCGCGUCCCUCGACCGUAACUGCAGCAGCCUUGUGCACGCCGUCCUGGAGAGCGAGUGGCUUGGCAGAGAUGAACCGUAUGUGAAACUGUUCAUUCGGUUCCUCGGAAAUCUUGCCGCUGCCCAAGGCACUUAUCUCGGUGUUAUCUUCAAGAUGCUGGUCAGCAAGCUCGCUGGCGUCCCUCGGGGCACUGGUCGUCUACCUGGAUACCCUGUGGUGCAUGUCUCCGAGAUUUACACCCGAGUCCACAUGGCGCUGCGUCACAUCACGCGGUUGAUCCCAGCUGGAAGUGGUACUUUGUCGCCAGUCUUGUCUCACAUGUUCCCCUUUGAAGCCGACCCUGCCAAGUCCUACAUCGCAUACACGCGAAACCUUCUUCAAAUCAUCAACUACGCCCCCGAACUUCAAUCAGAUAUCCUCGCCCUCAUAACUGAGAAGCUAGUCAAGAUCGAUGUCCAGAUUCAGGUAGAUUUAGAGGAUUUCGAGGAUGAGCUUGGCGAAGAUCUCUUGCAUGGUGUCUCCACCGAUGCUGAUGAAGAGCUGGAUGACGACGAUGUUUCCAUCACCAGCGAAGAUGAGGCGGAUGAUGACCGACGAGUCACCGAGAUCAAGGAAAACAUUCACAAGGUGGAUGGCAUGAUUGAUAUUCUUUUCGAGUACUACAACUCUUCGUUUACAACGGGCACGCUUGCCGACAAGAUCGGCAGCCUCGACCUUCUCAUGAGCCACUUCCAGACCAUCAUCCUCCCGACAUACCGGUCCCGCCACUCCCAAUUCCUGCUUUUCCACUUCUCUCAAUCACACCCAGACCUUCUCGACCAUUUCACCGGUUGCUUCACUGAGCUGGUCUUCAACAAGCUUCAACCAGGUAUCAUGCGCCAAUCCGCAGCCGCAUACCUUGCCAGCUUCGUCGCUCGCGGCGCCCACAUCUCCAGCGCUCUUGUGCGCGACGUGUUCAAUCUCCUCACCGCGCAGCUGGAAGCCAUGCACCAUGACUACGAGGCUACUUGCCGCGGCCCCGACCUCCGCCGCUACGGUUCAUUCUACUCCACCGCGCAAGCCGUGCUAUAUAUCUUCUGCUUCCGCUGGCGUGAUUUGACGACCGCUUCCAUCGAGGGCGAUAGCCCCGAGCAAGUGGACGAGCUGGAGCCAGGCCAGAUCGCCUUCCCGCCCGCGAUCAAAGAUAUGCUACACAAGGUGAUCUACUCGCGCCUGAACCCGCUCAAGAUUUGCUCUCCUGGUAUCGUCACCGAGUUUGCUCGCAUCGCAAAUCACUUCCAGCUGCUUUACGUCUACCCCCUCCUUGAAACGAACAAGCGUCUCCGUGUCACUGCCUUCCGAAAUAUUUCCUCCCUCGCUAACCCUGGCUUCGCCCAGGUUGAGCGUGAGAUCCGCGCUGGCGAUCACCUCGGCUAUCAGCUUGAUGCAUACUUCCCCUUCGACCCGUACCAGCUCCCACGCAGCCGCCGAUGGCUGGAAGGUGACUACGUCGAGUGGCGCGGCAUUCCAGGACUUGAUACGGGUGAUGACGACUCAGACAGCGGUGCCGAUGAUGACGGCGAUGAAGACGAUGAUGCCGCCACAGCCACCGACGAGGAGUGA